UUGUGUUAUGUGUGUAUGUUAUCUAUGAAUGUAAUUUGCAAUUUUCACGUUGCAUAAUUUCAUCAUUUUUAAUUCCGUGAAGUACAUUUAGUAAAUUCUAAAGUUGACCGGUUUCCUUUUUAUUGAACUUCUUUAGGCAUCAUGUUAAUGUCACAAAGGAUUGGAUCAUUGAUUCGAGUUGCCGGUGCUUCUCGCCAGAAGCAUACUUUGCCAGAGCUUCCGUACGAGUACAAUGCACUGGAGCCGGUCAUUAGCCGUGAAAUCAUGAGUCUUCAUCACAGCAAACAUCACGCGACUUAUAUCAACAAUCUAAACGUUGCUGAAGAGAAACUCGCACAGGCACAAGCUAAAGGUGAUAUCGACACCAUUAUCAACCUUGCACCAGCCUUGAAAUUCAAUGGUGGUGGUCACAUCAACCACUCGAUCUUUUGGCACAACCUGUCACCAAAUGGUGGCAAGCCUUCUGAUGUUCUCACCAAAGCCGUUGAGAAAGACUUUGGAUCCUGGGAUAACUUAAAGAAUCAACUGUCGACAGCUUCUGUGGCAGUACAGGGCUCAGGCUGGGGUUGGCUUGGCUACAACAAACAAAUGAAGAAAUUGCAAAUAGCUACAUGCCAGAACCAGGAUCCUCUGCAGGCCACCACUGGAUUGGUCCCGCUCUUCGGAAUCGAUGUAUGGGAGCACGCGUACUAUCUUCAGUACAAAAACGUUCGUGCCGACUACGUGAAAGCUAUUUUCGAUGUAGCCAACUGGAAUGAUAUAUCUCAGAGAUAUGAAAAAGCGCUCAAGUGAAUAAUUU